AUGAUCAAAGGCAAGGGUAGCCAGCCGGCGGUAUUGGCCUUUGCGGAGCGCUGCAAAGUAAGGCUUUCAAUAUCUCUCUCUCUAGAAGUCUGAGCGAUCAUCUCUUGCUGGAACAGCUUCUCAGCCGCUUUCUAGGGAUGUUAAAUCCAAUAUUGUUGCGUAUUUUCAUGCUGAUUUUUUCUUCGGCAGAAUAUUUUGGCCGCCAAUUGGCAGGCUCAGUUGUAUACCGUGAAGGCCGACGCCAAGGGAAGGUACGAAGAUCGGAAUUCGUUGAUGAUUGAACUCGCCGAUCCAGUCAUUUAUUAUAUACGUGAAUAGAUUCAAAUAGACUCUAUAUGUGUUGAUCUGCGUGGUGCGGUGUUCUCCGCGGGAUGUGGUUCAUACGAACAUCCGGUUCCAUGCUUUGAACUUCUAUUCCCGCCGUUGAAUAAUGCAGUAAUGGCGUGGAUGGAUCAUUCGGCAAUUUUUUUGAAUUUAUGACAGCAAGGAGGACAUUUACUCGUCGAAGGUCAAGUACAUCUUCAGGCGCGGUAAACCCUAUUUUUGGGUGCCAGAGGGAGAUUUGCACAAUGUGGUACUAGUCCGAUCGCUUGCGCUCCACUUUUUAGUUCAAUAUCACGUUCGUUAUUUCAAAGUCCGAGUUAAUUGUUACGAUCUUCUGGUCCACGAAUGAGAGACCACGUUUUAAUAUCUUGCUCGAAAUUUUCCUAUUUUAAGCUCUCUUUUUUUUUUUUUUUUUUUUCUUUUUUUCUGUUCUAGCCUAACUCAUUCGGACGGAAGUCUCAUCGAUCUUCCUCCGUUGUGCGACUUUGUUUCUUUAUUUCUGGAGAUAUUUUCGUGGAAAGCAUCCAAUAUAGUCGUCUGCUUGUGCCCUCAUCAUUUGAGCCAUUGUUUUUUGUUAUUUUUUGCCAGAAUACGCUUAUUGAUGAGCGUGGCUCUCUUUCUGUGAGCACUCCAACCCCAGGCGCCCUCGCGAGCCUAUUGAAAUCUGUUAAGAAGGUUGGUAUUCCGCAAGAUUUCAUGAAGAUAUUCUUGGGGAUCUGUAGCCCUGAAGUUUUCCUGUUGGGUCACUCGUGUGAGCUUUUCUACUGACCGUGAAUGAAAUUUUCAGAACCUCUUCUUCGAUCCGAUCCUUAUCAGAAUAUUACUUUCUUUCUAUUUUUGCCACCUGUUCUCAUUAAAAAAAAAAAAGAAUACUCGUGAAUUAUGUUGCCCACAUUGUUGUACCAAGAUGGCUCUAUUUGUCUGCGUUCAACAACUAAAAAUAAAUUAUCAUUAUUUAAUGCCACUUAAAUCUUAUACUGUGCCAUUAAAUCGAAAUGAAUUUAGGCUGCCCUCCUAAUUUUUUCUUUUUCUUUUUUCUUUUUGUUGAUAUUCAUAUCGCCUGUCGUUUGACUUUCAUGCUGCAGCUGCCAGGUCGGGUUGCUCUAACCGGUGAUGUCAUACCCCUCAAAGAGACCAAGGUAAAUCCCCCCUAAAUAGAUGAUGAAUAUUGACCGAAUCAGCGGCAGCUUCUUCUUUUUUUUUUUCCUGAAUAAAAUAAAAUCAUUCGUACCGAUAAUUACGAGCAUCUCAAGCCACCAAUCUAAACAAAGAGAAAAACUCUUGAAAACAUCACUUGGUUCAUCGGAUCUUGCAGGCCCAGGCAGAAGCGUAUAGGGAUUCUUGCAAGAUUUCCAUGAUGAAUAGAAACAUGGGCAGCGAUUGCUUGUUACCGAUCGAUUUAUGUCGUUAUUUUGCAUAAAUGCAGGCUGAGUCUGCCAUCGAGGGUCUGAAGGAAGCAAUGGCUUUGGAGAACAGAGCCCUCAAUCAUGCCAGCUAUUCAGUUUCCGGCGUGCUGAGCUCCGCCAGCGCGAGUUGCAGGUCCAGGAGUUAUAAUUUUCAGGAGAUCAUCGAUGGCGGGGAUAAUUUUGUGGCUUAUAAGUUUAAUAUCAGGUAAAUGAGGGCCAUUAUAUUCUCAUUUAAUCAACUGGCUUUGCGUAUUUAUGAAUCUAUUUUACUAUUAUUUCACAUUAUUGACGAUAUAAAAUAUCAUAUCUGGUUCUUUUAUACUUUUUUUUUUUUUUUUUUCAUUUAACACCGAUCCCCCACAGAACAUGCACUUACGUUGAUGCCGGGGGAGGCACCCAUGAAGUGGAGCUGGAUGGCUUGGAAUCCUCGAAGCAAGAUCUUUUAUGUAGGAAAUCUCUGCCAUUUAUAUAGUGCACAUACCAGAUGAUAAUAUAUGCAUAUAUUCUUGGAAUUAUUCAGUUUAUUGAGGAUUUUUUUAUUUUUCCUUUUUUUUUAUUUUUUUAAUGUUCUUCAGUGCCAUUCUCGGAGAAGCUCGUCGAUGGGAUUAAUCAGAGUGAGGCGAGAAGGAGGGCCCUGAUCUUUUUCUGCCUCGUCUACCUCAACGCUAAUGCCCGGGUGAGUCUCAACACCAACCUUAUUUUUCCAUGAAUAUCUCAGAUAGACUAGAAGAUAUCCCUGCGAUUGAAAAAUAAAUAUAAACCAAGAAAAUGAUGACGGAGAUUUGAACGGCAUUAAAUGAUCUCCUUCUGUGAAGACGCGAACACAUGAUGCGAACAGAUCCUGCUUCCUGGGGAAGAUCAUCAGGGAGGAAUUUCUCUUUUUGUGAAAGAAAAAUUAAAAUCAAAAUCAAGAGAUAGGCAGGCUGCGAUCCCUCUGGAUCUGACGACUCCAUUCGAUCUAUUUGUUUCGGCUCGAAAGGACGCAUUCGUGCUCUCCGUGGAUCGGAAAGGAUUCGACGUCCUCGCGAAGAUCCCCUGCGCGGCCGCCGGAGACGGCGUUGGGGCUCACCAGUGGAGGGAGUUCCGGAUCUCCUUCAACGAGGAGGUCUCAGACAUCGAGGCGUUCUGCAACCUGCUGGUGGAGAUGGAGGCGGCGACUCUCAGGGAAAUCAACAGCUUCAGCGGCCUCGGAUGA